CACUGGGUGUGGGGCCUCUGUGGUGGUCCUGAUGUGCCCCAUGCCGCAUUGUCUGUAUCCACAGUCAACACAGAGAGCCGCGGCGUGGGGAUCAAGCAGAGUCAGCUCUCUGUGAGCUCCCACAUUGUACAAGAGGAUGAAUUAUUAAAAGCCGUGCGAAAUAGCGAAUCGUUACGCCUGACCUUCACCCUUCACUUAACGGAAAGCACAUCCGUUGAGUGGGAAACAGUAGUAUGGCGUCGUUGUCUGUACAUUCGCGUACCAAGUUGUCUUUUACCCGAAGGAUCGAAAGAAGGCUUUGUUUCGCUCUUGGAAUAUGCCGAAGAAACGCUACGAUGUACCAAUAUCAUUGUUUGUCUGCGUAAGGACAGAACAGAUCGAGCAAUGCUGGUUCGUACCUUCAUGUUUUUGGGCUUCACUGUUCUACCGCCGACUCACGCCUUGGUACCACCAGGCAGUGAUGCCGGCAAUCUCUACAUGCUCUAUGCCAUCGAGUAAUCAACCAACAGCUUGGCUUCUCUCUAAAAUUUAACGCGCAGGAGUAAAUAUCGAACAAACAUCUUGUAUAGUUUCGAUACGAUAAAAUGAAAGCAAGCUUCAUCUUUGUUUUUCGUUUCUUGAUAUCUGUCGUAUCCAGUGGAUUUUAUUUAUAAUAUUAAACACAGCGGAACGUUGAUCCAAGUUUUCGCUGUUGAUGGGGUAACCAGAAGACGAGUUAUUGUAUUGAAACUUUGAUUUCUCAGAAGUGUUGAAACGGUAUAGUAUGAGAUCAAAAAUAAUAAUUUUAAUACCGUAAACCAUAGCGUUAAAUUUAAGAGAAAUGCGAUUACACGUAACCUACCUACCUACACAUACACACACACACACACACACGCGCGUAUACAUGAAUAUGUAUGGGAUGAAGAGACAGGCAAAAAAAAAGAUAAAAAUUAGUAGUCGAGUAUUUGUAGGACACGUACAAACAAGCUAUCGAUGAAUAUACUGAUUCAUUCUCUUGGAUACAAUGAUAAUAAGUCUCUUAAGAGCAUGUAAACUGCUGACGAAGCUUCCCACGCAAAAGCAUUUGAUGGCUUCGAAGUUAAAAUUUUACAUAAAACAACGAGCCAUCAAAUUAUAGAAGAAAUUUAUUAUCAAUAAAUCUCAGUGUUAAUUGUGGCAGAUUAAGUAUCACCGCGUCUUAUUUUAUAUUAUUAUAUAUUUUUUUAUCGUGUGUAAGUAUUACUAUCAAUAUCAAUAAUACAUUGUAUAUCUACAUAUGUAUGUAAACUACGUGCUCAUUUACAGUAGCACAGAAACGAGCGCGCGUGCGCGACAGACACGAUCACUGUGAAGAUUCACGUGGUGGAGAAAAUUACGAUACGCGGUCAGUGAUAAACUAAUUCAUUUAAUCCUGAAUAAUUUUUCUGCUUUUUGUUCUUUUUUGCGUGAUGUAUACAAAUCAAUCAGUUUAUAGUACUUUUUCUAACUCAUGAAAAUAAAGCUGAAGUAUUGAAAAUAAUUUCUAAAAGAUACCAUAUGAUAGUUCAAUAUGUUCACGUGCUUCGAACGAAAUAUGUAAAUAAGUAUUAUAAAGUAUUUUAUAGCUGUCAUUUUAAAAAAUCUUAUUAACAUACCGUUAACGAUUACAAAUGAUUUGAUUCCCAUACACAAAUAAUUGGUCAAAACGUGUUGUUCACUGGCGGCUGAUCGUUAUAGUUGUUAGUAAAUACCUACAUUAAUUUUUCUUCAUUAUGUUUAGAUGUAAGUAAUAAUACCGAUGAUAGCGAGUAUAGUUAUAACAGUUAUAAAACAAUGAUGGUAAUGACGAUCUUUGGUAAUCCUUGAUCAAUUAACAUUGUAGAGAUUUUGCUAAUAAAUAUGUUCUUUAGUGUUGACUUGAUAACAGACGAUAAAUAAAA